AUGUCAAGCAGCACUAUAGAUCUUCCGCUGGAAAGAUCACUCUAUGUAGGCAACUUUAUCCGAGGCGUACUAUAUGGAAUUGAGCUUUUCACUUUUGCCCAAGCUGCUCACACUAUCCUUAGUCAACCACCACAUUCAAACCAUCGCGGACAAACAUUCUAUGUUUAUUAUGGCGCUGUACUGAUCAUGAUGGUCACAAUUGCUGUUAUCACUGAUGCGCUUUGGGGGGAGUACAUGUGGAUUGACCACCGAGAUGUCUCUGGCGGGCCAUUGGCUUACUUUGAGGCCACAACAUCAAUGUGGAUGAAUGUUCUUGGAUCUGCAGCAGAUGCAACAGCAAAUAUUAUGGGUGAUGGGUUAUUGCUGUAUCGCUGUUACAUGAUUUGGGGCUCAAAUUUGUGGGUUGUAGCAUUUCCGUGCUGUAUAUACUUAGCCUCUUCUGGCAAGUUCCAUGUUCUUCUGGCCGAGUCACUUCUGAAUCCACUUCCAUUAGUCUUGGUUGUAAUCACUGUGGUUGAAAGUGCUCUUCCAGGGGCAUUUUUGCUCAAUGGAACGGCAGCUAAUUUCGGAGUCCCCUGGGUGUCACUCUCUGUUAGCCUCAAUGUCAUUCUUACAGCAAUGAUAUGUGGAAGACUAUUGAUGAUGCGACGUAUGGUGCGUUCAUCAUUGUCAUUUGAACUAGGGAACACAUAUACAAGCAUCAUGGCAAUUCUGGUUGAAUCAGCAUUACCAUUCAGUGUAGUUGGGGUAGGCUUUGUAAUAACUUAUGCAAAGAAUAACCCAACUUCCGAUGCCUUUGCAUAUGUUUGGGGGAUGUUUUGUUCCCUUUCCCCACAAUUGAUCAUUUUAAGGGUUGCAAUGGGUCAUGGAUGGUCAAGAGAUACUGUUCAAGAAGUCAGCGGACAGAUAGUGUUUGCACACUCUCAGAGUAUUACAGAGCAUGGGGAAUCUCAGAGCACACAAGUUGGAAUGCCAAUACUCCGUGAUCAAAGCUCAAGUAGGUCAUUAGGGGUGUUGAAGACAGACAUUGAUUCAGCUUAG